GUCGACGAUGGUAUCGACCAACCACAGAUGGGAACACGUGCGGACAAAUCGUUAGGUCUUUUGACACAACGAUUUAUACGUUUGUUAGAAGCUUCAGAAGGAGGUAUUUGUGAUUUAAAUCAGGCAGCGGAGGCUUUAAAUGUCCGUCAGAAGCGUCGAAUUUAUGACAUAACGAAUGUUUUGGAAGGGAUUGGGCUUAUUGAGAAGAAGUCGAAGAAUAUCAUACAGUGGAAAGCUGGUGAUUUGCUAAAAGUUGACGAGAAAGAAGACGAACCCAUGUUGAUUUCUUAUCUUGAAAAUUUGAAGGCAGAGUUGGCUCAACUGCGCGAUGAGGAGACUGUCUAUGAUGAACACACUAAGUGGCUACAGCAGAGCUUGCGUAACAUUUGUGAAUCGUCGAAGAACCAACGAUAUGCAUACAUUUCCCAGUCGGAUCUUCAGAAAGUCUUCCCGUUUUCAAAUACCUUUGCUGUACAGGCUCCACCCGGAACAAAUGUUGAAGUGAUCCCACCAAAAGUAUGUUCCUUUCCUUUUUCUGAACUCAGUACGUUAGGAUGUUGUACAGUGUUUUAUCUGCUGUUUUAA